AAACUAAGUGAACGGAAGUAAAUUGAUGGCAUUCUGGGAUACUAGAGUAACAUUUCGGAGAUGAAUUUCCUGUGUCGGGGCGUUAUCGUAGAAACUUUUUAAGUUAUAGCAAAAAAUAAUGCACAAGAUGCCCUUUUUUAAGAAGAAAGUGAAAAAGCCAUCAGAGUGUACUGAUAAUGAUGGUGGAUCGUUAUCUAUUGGAAUGCCGUUCAAUGUCGUCCGAAACUAUCAUGUCAACUUUGACGCUUCUAAAGGAGAAUUCUUGGGACUCCCUCCAUCAUGGAACGAGUUGCUAAAAAAUUCAAAUCUCACUCAGGAGGAACAGCGGGACAACCCGGAAGCGGUGAUCAACUCGAUCAAGACGAUGAAGACAUACCAGAAGUCGUUCAGACAGAAGAACUCGGCCAAUUACGCCGGCAAGUUCCUGAAGAUUGCCACGACGAUCCGCGAGUCGGAUGAGCUGCUGGACGGAGACGAUUCCGAGAGUGACCGUGGCAGUGGGGAGGACAUUGCUGAUGCAUCCAUCACCGAGCCCGAGCCAGACUACGCCAACACAGAGGUCUUCACAAAGGAUGUCGACGACAAGAAGGCAGAGGAGAAACCAGAUACGACCAUAGAAAACCAUAGUCACGAAGAAACAACACAGCCAGACGGGGGCACCAAAGAAAUCACUGAUGGUGUCGCCGAUACAAAAGUGUCCGAUUCUGAUGAAGAAGUGCCCACACGUCGACCAAAGAACAACAAACCUACCCCAAAGUCCGAUGAGGAAAUCAACACAGAAUUGCGUAAGAUUGCCACGGCUGGGGACCCUAAUGAGAAAUACAUCAUUCAAAAGAAACUCGGCUCAGGGGCGUCGGGGAUGGUGUGUAUGGCGAAACAGAAGUCUGAUGACAGCGUGGUGGCCAUCAAGAUGAUGGACCUGAACAACCAGCCGAAGAAGGAGCUGAUCAUCACGGAGAUCGAGGUGAUGAAGGAGUACCGCCACAAGAACAUCGUCAACUUCCUCGACUGCUACAUGAUGGAGCACGACCUGUGGAUCGUCAUGGAGUACCUGGACGGGGGGGCGCUCACUGACGUCGUCACGGAGACCAUCAUGAAGGAGGGGCAGAUCGCGGCCGUGUGUCGGGAGUGUCUGACGGGGCUCAAGUUCCUGCACGACCGCAACAUCAUUCACAGAGACAUUAAGAGUGAUAACGUGCUGCUAGGGAUGUCCGGCAACGUCAAGCUCACAGACUUCGGCUUCUGUGCCCAGCUCAGUGGUGACCGCACCAACCGCGACACGAUGGUCGGCACACCCUACUGGAUGGCCCCGGAGGUCGUGUCCAGGAAGCAGUACGGUAACAAGGUAGACAUCUGGAGUCUGGGCAUCAUGAUCAUUGAGAUGCUGGAGGGGGAGCCUCCCUACCUGAACGAGACGCCACUGAAGGCCAUCUUCCGGAUCGCGACGAAGGGCAAGCCUGAGAUAAAGGAGGAUAAGCUGAGCACGGAGCUCAAGUCGUUCAUCCACGCGUGUCUCGAGGUGGACGUCGACCAGCGCGCCACCGCCGACCAGCUGCUGCAGCAUUCCUUCCUCAACAAGGCUAUGGACCUGAAGACGCUGAAACCGCUCAUACUGGCUGCCAGGCAGGCCACCGGACACUGAUGUGUGCUAACACCACACUCGCAACCAGACACUGACUUCUUUUAAUGCCAGACUCGCUAUCAGAUAGUGAUUCUAGUAACACCAGACUCGCAACCAGACACCGACUUCUAUUAAUGCCAGAUUCGCUAUCAGAUAAUGAUUCUAGUAACACCAGAGUCACUAGCAGACAGUGAUUUAUAGUAACACCAGAUACACAGUCUAUUAAUAUAAACAGUCAUUGAUUCACUUAACACCAGAUUUGCUAUGAGACUUUGGUGCUGUUGACACCAGACUUGCAUCCGCACAUUUCUUAAUACCAAAUAUACAAUGAGACAUUGAUUUCUUAAUACCCAAUAUACAGUGAGACAUUGAUUGUUUAACACUAGAUACAGGGCUUGAAAUAGGAAGUAAAAUGUGACCUGCUGUGAUUUGUUUUUAUAAAAGCAUGCCAAUAAAAAUGUGACCUGCUAAGAAAAAAUGUGGCCUGCUGGAAAUAAGACAGCAUGGUCUAAAACAUGGAUUGCUUUACACAGCCUGCUAUUUCAAGCCCUGCAGAUAGGCAGCUGGUCGUUGUUCGUGUGAACACCACACACGUAAUCGAAAUCUUAAUCCAAAUCUUAAUCCAAAUAAACGUCAGAUAGGUAAUCCAACUUGAAGCCAGAUUGUCAGCUGGACUGUAUAACCUUCCUGUGUUUUUUAUACAGUCUGACAAUCCGCCUGUCUUCUCAUUUCUUCCAUUCACUCAGGUGGCUAUUAUUUAAAUGCCUUGUCAUACCGGUAUCUGCUGAAUGAGUCAGGGGAGAUAACUCUAUUCGGUUUCCAAUUUGCAGACAUACCUGUUGUUUUGCCAUUAGUUUUAAUACAGUGAAAAUUCUGCAAAAGUAAAACCACUGGUAUGCACUGGCAAAUUAAAUAUAAAAAACAACACAGUAGGUUAAUCUUUAAUUUUUAUUGUAACAGACAUUAUUAAUAGCAAGAGCUGGGGAAGCCGGUCAUUGGUAGAUCUGACAGACUGCGCAAUUAACACACUAUAACAAGCUUUGAUGUAUGGGUAAAGUCUACAUGGACGCUGUCUGUGAUUGAAGAAAACGGUCAUUGCAAACUUGUCUAGGUCACAUUAUACGAUGUGGCGUAACUCGACGGUCGUGUCGUGCGUAUUGAAAAAACCUGUCUGCAACUGAUAUUCAGUCGGCCCGAUGGUAUUUCACAUGAACAUGUGUGGUCAUAAACAGCCGUCUUAUAGUGUGAACAGGUCGUGGCUCAUGACGCAAUGCAACAAUCCAGUUGAGUUGCUUCGUAUCAUGUGAUCUAGACUUUAAAGUGAUUUGAUAUUUAAGUUUAACCAACUCUGUAUAUAAUAUGUAUGUUGGUGAAACUGUUUUCUAUUUAAGGUAUGAGAUGUUUGAUUUCCAAACAGAAGAACUAUGAUUUUGCUACCCCAAUUUUUUAUUAAUCUUCCAAAUGUCUUGAAUUGGUUAGACCAUACUCCGAAGCGUGAAUCAAACGUAAGCUGGUAUGUGUCAUGCUGAAGUAACUGAGUGCGUGAAAGUGGUUGAAUCAAACUGAUCUUCAGAUAAACAAGUCAAAACUAAUGUUUAAUGCAGUAUGUAUCAUUUGUUAUUACUACACAAUUUAUUGGUGCUUUCUCAAAUAUUUCUGCCAAAAUAUCUAUGUGUUUGCAAGAUUAAGUUAAUUUUUCUAAUUAAGUAUUGAAAUGCUUAGACUUCUGUCUGUAUAUUGAUGGUUUUAAAAAAAAAUCCACUGCUAAGACUAAUUUACAUUAGUGAUUGUUUUAAGCAUGCAGAACUGUUGGAAGCUGGGGGUCAGGUUAGAGGGUUUGUUGGCAAGCCUCACCUCACCACACUUUUCCAACACAUGACUUAUAAAGCAAUAGAAAUGUUUAAAAUAUCACACAAUACAUACUGCUGUUUCUGUAAGUAGUGAGUAGCCUUCGGUUCUUAACACCCGUUUAUAUGUAUUCCCAAGUGGAUUUGUGAGGUACAGGGUCCUUCCAACACGUGUCCUUAUUUUGAUGUUCGGUGCUUUUAACAAAUAUUGCAUUACAUUCACCGACUGUUUGUUUUUUUAGUCAGCAAUAAACAUUGUGGGCCGAA